GAGGCGGAGAGGAAGCAGAGCUCCAUCAGAUGAAAUGAGGUGAAAGUAAUUCAGGCAUUAAUCAAGCCAGGGCAAAAGGGAGGGUAUACUGUGUUUUCUCCCCCCUCUUUCGCUGCGGAACUGAAAGGCAAGGUGUGAAUGAAGGAGCCUACAGUGGCCAGCAGAGAAGCACCACUGGGUCACAGCGUCAAAUCAUGUCCGAUUCGAACACCAUUGCCGCUUCCACCGCAGACCAGAACGGAGCAGUUCCAGGCGAGCCAGUGAAGAAGGAUGAAAACUCCCGGAGAGGGAACUGGGGCAACCAGAUUGAGUUUGUCCUCACCAGCGUGGGCUAUGCAGUGGGCCUGGGCAAUGUCUGGAGGUUUCCCUACCUCUGCUACAGAAACGGAGGAGGUGCCUUCAUGCUACCAUACUUCAUCAUGUUGGUGUUCUGCGGCAUCCCCCUCUUCUUCCUCGAGCUAUCCUUCGGUCAGUUCGCCAGCCAGGGGUGUCUGGGAGUGUGGAAGAUCAGCCCCAUGUUCAAAGGUGUGGGCUACGGCAUGAUGGUCGUGUCCACCUACAUUGGGAUCUAUUACAACGUGGUCAUUUGCAUUGCCUUCUAUUACUUUUUCAUGUCCAUGACAAACUUGCUGCCGUGGACAUACUGCAACAACCCCUGGAACACGCCGGACUGCAGCGGGGUGGUCAGCAGCCCGCUUAACGCCACUCUGGCUAACGCUACCACAAGCCUGGUAGCGGGGGUGACUGAGGUCGUCAACCGCACCAAGAGGACCAGCCCCAGUGAGGAGUACUGGAAACACUAUGUGUUGAACAUCUCUGAUGACAUCGGGAACUUUGGAGAGGUCCGUUUGCCUAUCCUUGGCUGCCUGGCAGUCUCCUGGCUUGUCGUCUUCCUCUGUCUCAUCAGGGGCGUCAAAUCGUCUGGAAAGGUGGUGUACUUCACAGCUACGUUCCCCUAUGUCGUUCUGACCAUCUUGUUUAUCCGUGGCAUCACCCUGGACGGAGCCAUCAACGGCAUCAAGUACUACCUGACCCCACAGUGGCAGAAGGUCCUUGAUGCAAAGGUGUGGGGAGACGCAGCGUCGCAGAUCUUCUACUCCCUGGGCUGUGCCUGGGGGGGUCUCAUCACCAUGGCUUCCUAUAACAAGUUUCAUAACAACUGUUUCAGAGACAGCAUCAUCAUCAGUAUCACCAACUGUGCGACCAGCGUGUAUGCCGGCUUCGUCAUAUUCUCCAUCCUGGGCUUCAUGGCGCACAACCUGAACGUCCCCGUGUCAGAGGUGGCCGACCACGGCCCGGGACUGGCCUUUGUGGCCUACCCAGAAGCCCUCACCCUGUUGCCCAUCUCACCCCUCUGGUCACUGCUCUUCUUCUUCAUGCUUAUCCUUCUGGGACUGGGGACUCAGUUCUGCCUGCUGGAGACCCUGGUGACAGCCAUUGUCGACGAGAUCGGCACAGACUGGAUCAUUAGGAACAAGACUGUGGUCACACUGUCAGUGGCCAUUGUUGGAUUCUUACUGGGCGUGCCACUAACAACACAGGCAGGGAUCUAUUGGUUGCUGCUGAUGGACAACUACGCUGCUAGUUUCUCUUUGGUUAUUAUCUCCUGCAUAAUGUGCAUCUGCGUCAUGUAUGUCUAUGGUCACAGGAACUACUUUAAAGACGUGGAGAUGAUGCUGGGCUUCCCUCCUCCUCUCUUCUUCAAAGUCUGCUGGAGAUUCAUCUCCCCAGUCAUCAUCUCUUUCAUCCUGAUCUUCACAGUGAUCCAGUACAAACCCAUCACCUACAAUGACUACGUGUAUCCCGGCUGGUCUCUGGCUAUAGGCUUCUGCAUGGCCAUGUCCUCAGUGAUCUGCAUACCUAUCUAUGCCCUCUACAAGAUCUCCAGGUCCCCAGGAGCCACCUUCAGAGAGCGGUUGAAGCACGCCUGCCGAGCACAUCCAAAGUGGGGCCCCGCCCUGCAGGAGCACCGGACAGGCCGCUACGCCCCCAUGGCCUCUGAAGACACCGUGGAGGCUCGCCCCCUCAAGGAGAAGGAGGAGCUGAAGGAAGAGCUGAAGGAGGAGGAGAAGGAGAAGGAGAGGAAGGAAGAGAUCAGCCUCACCAUCCAGGGAAGCAACGGCUCCACCAACACACACAACAGCCCCAACCCCAGCGCAUAGACGGCACCUUGCCCUGUCAGCACUACCGGGCGCGGCCCCCCGUCAGUCGCGCCCCACCAUCUUCCUCCUUCUCUUCCUUCCUUAUCCUCUCCUCUCCUCCAUCCUCACCCCGCUUUCCCACAGUCCUCUGUGGGGGAGAUCCCAUUCACUGGAGACCUUUACAUAUUGUAAGGGCUUAUUAUAUCUAUCCUAACCUCUUCUAUCUAUCUGUGUGUCGACUCUAGAUAAACGAAGGAAAAAAAAAAAAAAGCGAAAGGAAGAAAAAAAUUGGGUCAUCAUCCAAAAGAUCUGUGUGUAUGUCAAUGUGCGUGCGUGGGUGGGUUGUUAAUUUGUUUCGCAUAAUUUAAUAAUGCAGUUUGUUUUUUUCCUUUCCUUUUUUUUUGUAAAACAUGUAUAUGUCAUCCUCAUAUGCAGUUAGAGGUACGGUAGAUUGUGACGCUGCAUGUGUUUUGUUUUUGUGCAUGCAGCAACAUAGAGACACACACUGUUCUACUUUAUUCUGUUAGCUGGCUCGGUUUGGGAUUGGCGACUUUCUAGCAGCAGUGUUGUGACAGCCGGAGACUUGUUGUUUGCGACGUGAUACCCAGUGGUGCUGUAACAAAGAGGAGCAGGACGAACUGUGCCUGAACUGGCCAUUUGACAGUUUUUGAUGAUGCCCGAAAAGAUGGAAAGAGGCUCAAAUCCUUUGGCCAGAAAAAAAAAUAAACGAAGGCGGAUACACUCGUUCACACUCAUACACUCACACUAUUGUACAUUUGACAGCACACAGUGACCUCAACCAUAGUUGAUCUCAGCUUAAGACUAAGCCUGUUGUUUUUUAUGCUGCUUCUUCUUUUAAACAAAAAAAAAAAAAGAUAUUCCACAGAGCACAAAUGUUUAACAAACACCCAAGAUGGCGAAUGACACUUAGGGCUGAUUUUCUGUGGAAGUUUCCUCCAUUUGUAACUUUUUUUUUUUUUCCACUAAAGCUGCUUAAACUCAGCAGAGAAAUUAUCAGUGAUACUGUACUGUUACUGUACUCUCUGCCUUUAUUCACACACACGCAAAGCAUUUAUUUCCAGUUUUAGGACAGACGUGAACCCAGUGCCCAUUUCUCAGGGUCCAAGCGAAGUUAAACCGUAUGGUCGUUUCUCGCCCAUGGAAACCUUGUCUCGAACCGAGGUGGCCUGUUAAGAUUAUGGGGACUGAAACCGCCAAACACUCCCACACGCACACACACACAAAAAAAAAGACAGGUAGAUGCAACUCUGUAUAUCGAAGUGCCAUCUCUUCAUAAGUCUUCCAGGCAUUCUUUUUGAGUGAAAUGCAUCUUGGGACGUGGUCUAUGAAGGAGGAUCCGGGCGCAAGGAGGUAGCCAGGCGGAAAGGAUCGUAGGUGUGUUGUAGUCUGUGUCUCCCGUGGGUCGUAGCAAUCUGCCCCAUUUAAGGCAUGUUACCAAAAACAGUACCUGAGUUACCUGAGUCCUGCACAUGUUUUUGGUAACAUAUAUACUGUAUUUCUCAGAGAGACCUGUGUGGCGUCUCUUACAGUCAGUGGAACCUUUAAUGUAUUUACAGGCAUUUCUUUUAGAGCUCUGAGCCAAGCUGUGCUGUGACUGGUGGAGAGAUGGGAAGCAGAGAGAUGCGGCUUGUUUCACAGAAGAAAACUGAAUAUAAAAAAAAAAUCAAUUUUAAAUGAAUUACGUAGUUUUAAAUGUAGCUGUAUAGUAUCGUUCUCUCGGUAGAGUUCUCCUUUUUACCUCUCGUUAUUGUAAAGUAACUUAGUAAAUAAUUAUAAAGACAGCAUAUGUUUAUUUUGUACAAAAAAUAAAAACGACAGAAUCAUGAUUAACCGUGUUUACUAUUCCUCGACUGUGAUUUGAUUUGUUUCGUUGGAGGGUGUGACAGGACGGAGAGGGGUCUUUUUCAGCACGCAGGGUUUGGGUUUCACAAAAGUGUCUGAUUGGAACUGGAACUGAUCGGGAAAGCAGUGUGACGGCAGAGGUUAAAAAAGAAAAAGAGUUGUGGGUUGUUUUGGUUUUUUUUUUGUCAUUGAGACAGCCACGUGAAGGUCACAUGUCUUCUUUGUCUUUUCAUCCUAAGAUUCUCUGUUGGACGCCCGCUCAGGUGGUAGUGAGAUGUUUUUUUUUAGCUUCACAGGCAUGGGAUUGCAUCAGGUCUGGCUGUGCAGUUUGCUUCACAUCAUAGUUUCACGUUUUCUUUGUUUGUGAGCUGUCAGGUCAUCAGUGAAAUCAAAGACGUCUGGAGAACUAAGAGCUGAGAUACCAGCGUGAGCAUAAUAUACAAACAUGGCCGAUAUCCCAAGAGUUCAUGGUUGUUUUUUUUGACACAGUUUUAAGAGAUAUUGAAGCACAAUUUUAGACUCAAUCUGAACAUUUCUUCUUGUUUUUCACCACUAUUCCCGCAAUCAUGUCUGGAGGAGGACAGUGAAUUUGGCACAACAGUGAAGUUGCUCCUUUAAUCCACAAGAGGGGGGUGCUGCUGACACUCAGGGUAGUAAAGGCACAACAGAUGUUUAACUGUGAACUAAAUGCAAAAGACACGCUAACACUUUAUAAUAACUCUCAUUAACCCCAUGAUACAUUUAUAGUUAAUUAAACUUCACAAACAAUGGGUUAAGUCUUUAUAAAUCUUUUAUUAUCCAGUUAUUUAAGCAAAUUAAGCAAUGUUAUUAUGCAAUUAUUAAGCAUUGUAUUGUAAAGCUGCAGUGAUAGUUGGUUGGUUAAUAAAUACUGUGUAGUUCAUCUAUAAACAUUAUUCAGAUGGCCUUUAUAAGACUUAACAAUUGCUUAAUAAAUGGUUGAUAAAAAAUGUCAUUGUUAAAUAACCAUUAACUGGAGUUUAAUUAACUGUGAAUGUACUAUUUAUUAAAGGUGCAAAGUGUGAGAACUGGCAGCAAAUCACCACGGCAAUCGCACACCCACGACUGUAGCUGUCGCUAGCAAGUUAGCUCGGUUAGCCACACAGCUAGCCAGAAUACCGGAGGCUAGCACAGGAGCUUUGGACCGCUAAGAGGAGGAGGUUAGCAAGGAUUACAAGACAUAUGGAUUUCUUUGACAUAACGUUGAAACUGCUAUCUCUUCACGGUUUUGGUUUUCAACUUAAAUUCUCACAUAUUGCACCUUUAAUGAAGGUUAUUAUGAAGUGUUGCCAAAGAGACAAGACUUCCUGCGGCUAAGAAAAGUAACAAUGACAGAGGUCAAUGCAAAGCACAGAAGCUCGACUACAGUGAAGAUAUUCCUGACAAGCACAGUGAGCCUUCUGAAACAAGCACACCGUUCUACCCAGGUGUUUUUAUUUACAGGAACUAAGAUUAUAGAUACUUGCUCCCAUUGGUGGAGACUGGUAGCUAGCGUUCUGAUUCCACCGCCUGAACUACUCCCAUCACACACAACGUAUUUUUGCAGUCGUGAUCUUUUUUUUUUUUUAUUAUUAUUAUUAUUAUUACUGCAAAAACCAGGUGCUCUAUGAAACAAUACACUCACCGUCUGCUAAACACUCUUGAGUAUCUCACAUCGCUUCCUCUGAGUAGAACUCUAAGUGACUUUCUAAAUGAGGUUUAUUUGCUGAUAAAGGUGAAUAUGAAGUUGUUAUUCUCAGUGCACAUUUGGACAGCUUGUAGCUCAGACCGUCUCCUGUUCGUGAUUGCCUGUCUCGUGCGUUCAGUGUGGUAGUAAGUGAAGCGUAGCCACCGUGUUACCAUGCUAUCUCUCUCUUUACAACCCAGCCCUCACCAUCUCUGCUGACCCCGCAACUCUUCCUCCCUAUGUACAGUAAUGUAAAAAAAAACAAAAAAAAACAAAACUAUAUAAUCGGACUGUGCGUAUGUGUGUGUUUACCUUUUGCUUUUAUUCCGGGGGUGGGUAAGUGUGUAUUUGCGGGUCGAGGGAGGGCGGGUGUUGUUCGAUUUUGUUUUUUUUGUUUUUUUGAUUUGUCAUUUUUCUCGUAGUGUAGUGUAGAUGAUGUCAGGUGCACUGUGUACUCUGUGUGUAGUGGAUUAGCUCUUACUGCUGAGCCUGCAUGUAGAGCAGGUGUAGUGUCGGUAUUGAUGUCAUUGUACCUCUAACCUAUCAGAACUAGCCAAGUCCUAUUCUGCUAAUAAUAUACAGUCUAUCUUUUAAGAAGAAAAAAAAAUGUUUUUGUACUAAAAGAAGAGAAAGAAAACUACAUAUUUUAUCUUCAGACUUUAAUCAUUGUUUAUCCAUGUUCAAUGACAUUGUUUGUUUUACAAGUUGUAUUCGUAGAAAAAAAAAUAUUAAGAUAAAAGCCAGUUAAUAUUAAAAGCAUUUCCAAACAAAAAGCUUUGGAUCGAAACUUGAACUACACAAGAAUGGUUAGUUUGUGGCGUAGAUGGCAGCUGCAGCUAUAUUGACAAUGCUUUUUUUUGUUUGUUUGUUUUGGGUUUUUUUUUGUUUUUUUUUAAGAACAGUAUUGCAUAAACGUAGAGCUACGUUUUACAAACGGUGCAGUGCCAACAGUCAUACAUGGCUGUGACCUUUAAUCUUCCGUGGCCCUUAACCCGAACAGUUUGGCUUUUUUUUCUGUCUAGUUGUUACAAAAUCAGCUAAAAUCAAAACACCAAAAUUACUCUUCAACCAAGAUCGAAUAAGCGUCAGGACCCAUUAACCACGUUUUCAUUCUCACACAGCUCUGAUGCUUAAUAUCAGAACAUUGCCUGAAAUAUUCACAUAAAACAGUUUUAUGGCAUAUGUAUCAGACAGGCUCCAGUUACCAUUAUAUUUGGAUUUAAUUCCCUUGUUGUCAAAGUGAAACUUAAAUUUUCUGGCUGCCACAAGAGUGAGACCCCAGUUGUUCCUUCUGGGAAAGCUUAAAAAACACAAUUGAGAAAAGUCAAUGACUGACCCCUGACUAACAUAUUAUUGCCUACUAUCAUCUCACACUGAGGUGGCUGUGCAGAAAGUCACUGAUGUUGAAGAACGUGAACUAGGUGAGGGGUCCAGACCAUUUUAUACACAAACUAACAGCACAACUGUUUCACUGUACUAAAAUGAAAACUGUGAUUUUACCUUGUUUCUGUGGUUCUCUGUAAAUGACAGAACAUUACCUCUUGAAUUUCCUACUACUGCUCAUAUAAGCAUAAUCUCAUGUUUCAGCACUUUAAAGGAAUCAUUUUUUUUUUAUAAGCAACAGGAAUAAAAAAAAUCUAUGAUUAAAAUAAUAAUCCACACUUCAGUAUUGAAAAAAAGAAAAACAAUGAAAAUGUGUUUUUUACAGCUGUCAGGCUGAAAGAAGCUGUCCGAGUGGCAGUGGACAAAUGCUGUGUUGUUGCUAUGCCAAUGUAAAUUGUUUCAUGGGAGGAGUGGAGAGGAAAAGCACAAGUGAGAAAAGAGAACACAGUUCUUCUGGUACUCUCGAUCAUAUCUAUCUGUCUAUCUAUCUAACCAUGUCUGUUCUUCUUGUUCUUCAACCUUUAGGGCCAAAAUCCAUUGAAAUGUCUUAUAGUCCUGUCGGCUGUAUAUCGUAAACUGUUGAAUUACAAAAUGGUAAAUAAAAUCUAUUUUAAAGAUCA